AUGUCUACUCUCCGGGUCUACUCUCAGAGUCUACUCUCCGGGUCUACUCUCAGAGUCUAUUCUUCGAGUCUACUCUCCGAGUCUACUCUCCGAGUCUACUCUCCGAGUCUACUCUCCGAGCCUACUUUCCAAGCCUACCCUCCGAGUCUACUCUCCGAGCCUACCCUCCGAGUCUACUCUCCGAGUCUACUCUCCGAGCCUACCCUCCGAGCCUACCCUCUGAGUCUACUCUCCGAGCCUACCCUCCGAGUCUACUCUCCGCGUCUACUCUCCGCGUCUACUCUCCGAGUCUACUCUCCGAGUCGACUCUCCGAGCCUACUCUCCGCGUCUACUCUCCGUGUCUACUCUCCACGUCUACUCUCCGAGUCUACUCUCCGAGCCUACUCUCCGAGCCUACUCUCCGCGUCUACUCUCUGUGUCUACUCUCCAUGUCUACUCUCCAUGUCUACUCUCCGAGUCGACUCUCCGAGUCUACUCUCCGCGUCUACUCUCCGUGUCUACUCUCCGCGUCUACUCUCCGAGUCUACUCUCCGAGCCUACCCUCUGAGUCUACUCUCCGCGUCUACUCUCCAUGUCUACUCUCCCGAGCCCUGUCCUUCUACAUCCACUCGUCCGACAGGUUCAUUGGAAACUUAAAGGGUUCUUGGAAAAGUCUGGAGAAGCCAUCUACCAAUGAGGCCAUCGUGAAUCCAGACUUCCACCUGGUUGCUCCAGAUGUGAUGAAGUACCCGCAGCCAAGCAUUGUCAAGGGUCGGACCGAUGUGGUUGCGGUGACGCCCUGGUUGGCUCCUAUUGUCUGGGAGGGAACUUUCAGUGCCACUCUUCUUGAUGGCAUCUACAUAAAGAAGAACAUCAGUGUUGCUGCCACAGUGUUCGCAGUUGGGAAGUACAUCAUGUUCCUGAAGGACUUCCUGGAGACAGCAGAGCAGCAUUUCUUUGUUGGUUUCAGAGUGCACAUUUAUGUGUUCACUGACCGCCAAAAAGAGGUACCAGUGGUACAAAUGGCUGAAGGCAGGGAGGUGACGGUGCAACCUGUGCCAAGCUCGAACCGCUGGCAGGAGAUCUCUGCUCGUAGGAUGGAGCUCAUCCAGACGUUGAUUGAGAAACAGAUCAUCAAUAAAGUCAACUAUAUUUUUUGUCUGGAUGUGGACUCAAAGUUUCAUGGUCGCUGGGGGACCGAGUCGCUGGGAGGACUGGUCUCUGUGAUACAUCCUGGUUACUACAAGAAUGACCGCAGCAUUUUCCCAUAUGAGCGGCGGUCCAGUUCCAGAGCCUUCAUAGCUCAUGGUGAUGGAGACUUCUACUACUGCGGGGGUGCGUUCGGAGGACUUGUGCAGGAAGUCCACCAGCUCGCCAAAACCUGCCGCAAGAACUUUGAGGAUGAUGCCAAGGAUGGCAUUGAAGCCGCCUGGCAGGAGGAGAGUCACCUGAACAGGUACAUGUGGAUCAACAAGCCCAGUAAGGUUCUGUCACCAGAGUACUUGUGGCAGGACUUCAAGACCAUAGAACCAGAAGUUAAACUCAUCAGGUUUUCUGGGGUCACUAAGAACUACGCUGCAAUCCGACCCAACUGAGGUGGGCUUAGCUGGACCUGGUCCAGCCAGGUGGCACUAGAACAAUGUCAGUCUGUGUUUCCUAUUAGCCUGUUACACUGGAUGCACUUUCAGUCUUGACCUGAUCCAUUCCCAUCCAAGCUCAGAACUACCCAUCAGUUCCCAGUCACUGGAUCACUGCUUGAACCACGAGUCUUCAUUAGAACACAAAGUUCUCCAUCAGUUUUGUGACUGAAGCUGGUGGAACUGACUCAUGGAUACUUUUGCUGCGUUCAUGUUCUGUCCGACCCGUUUAGUUUUUAUUUCAAACCUCAGUCAGCCUGUU